UGAUUUAGCUAAUAUGUCAUUUGAAUUAGAUAAUUCUUACAAUAAUCCAAACACAUUCAAUUUAAAUCCAAGUUCUCAAAUUCUUAAUAAACUUGAACCUAUAUUAUAUGAUUAUCAGGAAUCUUCUAAUAACCUUUUAAAGAAUCUUGUUUAUUUUGAUAAUAUCUAA